CAACGUUUUACAUUAAUUAAAUACACAAAACGCGGGAAAGAAGCAGAAAUAUAAACCAUAAAAAAAAAACAAAAGCAAAAGCAAAACUAAAUAACAACAACAACAUCACAAAAAGGUGAUAAUGAUUAUUUCCAAGGAUCUUUUCAUAUUUGGCGAACAAAUUUUUGCAACAAUUAUACCAGAAGGUGGAGUCGCUCUCGCCACGCAGCAGCAGCAGCAGCAACAGCAACAGCAGCAGCAACAGCAGCCGGCAAUUAUAAAUACAACAACAGCAACAGCAUCGGCAGCAGCAACAACAACAACAGCAGCCGAACAAGUUGUUGAGGAGUCAUUAAAAUCGGCAGCAGCAGCGGCAGCAACAUUGCCCAUUGCUGCGACAGCAACAACAGCAGCAGCACAAAAGCAACAACAACAACAACAACAACAACAACUGCCAGCAGCAGUUAAUACUAAAACGUCAUCAGCAGCAGCAGCAGCAGCAGCAACAACGCCGUGUUUGCUGUCGACUAAACCGGAAACAGUUGCAGUUGUUGCCGCCAGCCUCAACAACAACAACAACAACAUCAGCAACAUCAGCAACAACAACAACAGCCUGCUGCGCAGCAUUGUCGGCAACAAAACAAAAAUUCAAAAAAUUCCACAAGCAGCUGAAGAAUUGAAAGCCAAGCAGAAGCCAAAGGCGCAGGCUCCGAUUCAGAUACCGACGCAGGCGCUGGCCAAGUGUGAAGUGUUGGCCCAGACGCAUUACGAAAAAAUGCCAAUGAAUUUGUUGGCCCAAAACGCUGCCGCCAACGCGGACUCGGACAGCGAAACGGCAACGGGCGGCGGUGGCGGCGGCGGCGGCGGCGGGGACGGGGGUUGCUGUCACAUGGAGGAACAGGUACCGUUGGUUGCCAGUCGACGUAAUCUGGCCAAAAUAGUCGCCGAUUGUCGCCUGCAAAUCGAUGUGCAGCCAAUUGCAACAGCAGCAGCAGCAGCAACAGCAACAACAGCAGCAACUGUUGCAGCUGCACCGACAGCAGCAGCAGCAGCAGCAACUGGCACAAUUUGCAGCGACUCAUCAUCCGGCAGCUCGUCCAGCUCAAACUCCUCCACGAUAUCCACAGAUUUUACGCACAACUCACAAACGAUAUUGCCGAGCGCGGAAAAUCUGUCUGCAUCGAAACUGGCCAAAACUUGCAUUUUAGCUGAUGCCCAAAGUGUGGCUCAGACAACUUCGUUGACAUUUCCCUUUAUAAACGCUGCAAAGCAACAACAGCAGCCAAUUGCACAGCAACACCAGCAGCAGCAACAGCAACAACAAGUACAACAACAACAACAGCAGCAACAACCAACAAUACAGUUGACAUUUCAGAACUUAAACGUGUUGCAAAACGAACGCAAAAUACUUUCCGAUGUGAGUGGAUUAGUCAGUCCCGGCGAGGUGCUGGCCAUCAUGGGACCCUCGGGCAGCGGCAAAACAACGCUUCUGGACUGCCUCAGCGGGCAGCGGCACUUUGACAGCGGCAGCGUCUAUCUGAAUCGCGAGCCGCUCUCGAAACGCUGGCGCCGCAAAAUUGGCUAUGUGCUGCAGGAGGAGAUCUUCUUCACGCAGCUCACGUUGCGCGAGACCGUCAUGUAUACGGCGCUGCUGCGGCUGCCCGAGUCGAUGCCGCGCGCCGAGAAGCUGCGUCUGGUCGAUCACAUACUGGACACCCUGGAGCUCAGCUGCUGUCAGCAGACCAAGUUUGGCGAUUAUCUCAAUCGUGGGCUCUCCGGCGGCGAGAAGAAACGCGCCAAUAUCGCCUGCGAACUGUUGACCAAUCCGUUGCUCAUGCUGCUUGAUGAACCCACCUCGGGGCUGGACAGCCACUCGGCCAUAUCGCUGAUGAAGGUGCUGAAGCGCUACGCACAGCUGGAGCAGAAGACAAUUGUGAUAAGCGUGCAUCAGCCGUCGUCGCAGAUGUUUCACAUGUUUGAUAAGCUGCUGCUGCUGCAUCAGGGACGCACCGCCUACUUUGGCGAGGUGAACAACAUCUACAGACACUUUGAGGAUAUUGGGGUGACCAUCAAGCCGCAUUACAAUCCCGCCGACUUUGUGUUGGAGCAGCUGAAAUCGCAUCCGGAUAUUCGCGAGAAGCUGUUUAUAGCCGCCAGGGAAUCUCAUGGCAACUAUUUGAAUCGCAAUUGCAUUAGCAGCCAGGACAAGGCCAAGCAACAGCACGACACCAUACUGAUCAACGACAUCAUUAACAACUACUACAACCAACGACAUCACCAGCAUCAUCACCAUCAUCAAUAUGCUAAUUUACAUCACACGGCGAAUGGCUGCGAGGCCGAUGAAGAGGCUGCUCAACAUUUGGUCUGGUGCGGCGCCGAUUCGCAAUCAAAUUUCAGUUCCUGUGCCUCCAGUGAUUGCCAGUCGUAUCGUGCCGGCAAGAGUUCCGCCAACGACGAGGAUUGGCUCUCCUAUCCAACACGCUUCCAUACACAGUUCACUGUGCUGUCCAGCCGCAACUUUAAGGAGGCCAAGCCACGUAUGCUGUCCAAAUUGAAUUGGUUCCAAACAAUUGGCCUGGCGCUGAUGGCGGGCGCCAUUUGGUUCCAGCUGCCGCGCACCGAGGAGUUCCUCCAUGACCUGCAGGGCUGGAUGUUCUUCUCGCAAACCUAUUGGAUGCUCUUUGCGCUCUUCGGUGCGCUUAAUUCAUUUCCUUCGGAACGUGAGGUCAUCAGCAAGGAGCGUCGCUCUGGUGCCUAUCGCCUCUCUGCCUACUACCUGGCCAAAAUGUGCGCAGAGCUGCCGCUGGUGAUAACGUUGCCCACUGUCUACCUCAUGAUCAGCUAUCCCAUGCUGGGUUGUAGCAGCCUGAAGCUCUUCUUUCUGAUGCUCAUAUUCUUGCUGCUGAAUACGAUUGUGGCGCAAAGCGUUGGCUUCUUCAUUGGCGCCUGUUGCAUGGACAUGAAUGUGAGCAUUACGCUCAGUGCACUCUAUACGCUUGCCACACAGCUCUUUGGCGGUUAUUUAUCGUCACGCAUUCCGGAAGGUCUCAGCUGGAUACGCUACACAUCGAUGAUACACUAUGCAUACCAGAAUAUGCAAAUACUCGAGUUUCGCGAGGGACCAGCUAUUAGCUGUGGAUCGUCGAGCAGCUAUGAGAUAUGCAAACAACAGACAACCGAAUUCAUUCCAUAUGAGGAAAUACUCAAAGCACAAAACUCCACAUCGCCACUCUGGCUGAAUACGCUCAUACUAAUGAUGUUCUUUCUGGUAUUUCGCGGCCUGGGCUAUGCGGUGUUGCGCUAUCUGCGCUGCCCCAAAAAGACGUGAUAAACCUGACAACGAACCAGUGAUACGUAAUUAGUGUAGCAUGUGUAAAUCCUAUAUUAAAUCCACCAAACUAAUUAA